AUGACAAGUCAAGAGCUGAAAUCUGGACCUACAACCUCAGUAGAAAUCCUCACCUCCAAAGACGCCUCCUCCUUCAAAACCAUGAUGGAGUUAUACCAUAAUAAGAGUCACAAGAAGGCUAUGAAGAUAGCGGAAACGUUGCUGUCGAGGCACCCGAACCACGGCGAGACUUUAUCUGUAAAAGCAUUACUGAUGUUAUGCCUAGAGCCUACGCGUGAGGACGAGAUAGUAGAAGUGGCAAAACGAGGUUUAAGGAACGGGAUAAACAGUUACUUAUGCUGGUACUCGCUGGGUGUGGUCUACAGGCAUAUCAAAAGGUAUAAAGACGCCGUAAAAUGUUUUGUGAUGGCGUUUAAGCUGGAUCCGCACAAUGACAGAUUACUGAGGGAAAUCUGUUGCCUGGAGAUCGAGUUGAAUGACUACUCGGGGUUCAGGAAAUACGCGAGUGUGCAGCUGAAGCUGAAGUCUAAAGAGUACAGGGAAUGGGUAAUAUUUGCGUUUUCGCAGCAUUUGUGCGGGAACCUGGCAAUUAGCUGUGAGAUUUUAGAAGAGGCAGAUAAGCUUUUCAUGGGCAGCUACAGAGUAGAUGACCUGGAACUAAGCGAGUCAAUCAUGUACAGAGCAAUGCUAUACGAACACCUGGGCGAGUUUAACAAGUGCACAGAGCUACUAACUACUAAAUCCUAUCAACUUAAGGAUAAAGUAACUUAUCUAGAACUUUUGGCAAAGUGUUACUACUUUGGAAAUCACCCGACAGAGGCACACGAAACUUAUAAAAAACUCAUACAAAUGUGCCCAGGCAAUGUCAGAUUUGUACUUUUAUACUUUCUAACACAUCCAAAUGUUAAGAUCAGGGCACUCUUUCACUUUUCCCAUUGCUACACUAAACCUCUCAGAGGCUCAAUCUAUCAAGAAAAAUUAUUAACAGACGCACAAAUUUUUACUGAGUCUGAAAAGUUAAUUACUGAGUCUGAAAAGUUAACAGAAGGUAAAAAGUUAACUGAUGCUCAAAAGUUAACACACGGUGAAAAUCCAAUAGAAGGUAAAAAUCUGUCAGAAAGUGAAAAACUAAACCCUAUCAGUGAUGACACACCUGAUGAGACAUGUGUCUACAUGUUGAGUGAUGAGAUAUUUGACUUGGAUGGUGAGUAUUCGUCGGGUGGUUGGAUGUUGGAGAGUAAGUUACAUCACAGUUUCGACCGUUACGUACGCCGUAUGAACAUGUGUAACAAUGUAACAUAUAGGAAUUCUCAUACAUUCCCCCAGUUUAUGUAUAAAGUAGUGAAAAAUUUGGAUCUGAGGUCACUGCCAACGCCGGACAAGAUUCUCUCUGUAGACGAGUUAAUUAAGGUAAUUAACUGUUAUUUAGAUCCCACACCCUUGGCGAAUUGUGUUCCGUACUGUAAGUAUAGAAAAUUUUUAAAACGCGAUUCGUACCCGCUGGUGUUUCAGCUACGGCAACUGUCACAGUAUGAGGAGUUGCUACUCCUGGAGCAACUUGACGCCAUGAAUUUGAAGGACAGAUUUGUCUUUGCGAUGCUUGAGUUUUUGUUCAGCUCCGAUGAGAUUUUCCACGCCAGAGCUGAAAAAUACAUUAAACAGUCGAUCCGGGACGGCAAAGUCAACAUCCUCAAAUCAUUCACACACGCACUCACCUUUAAAAAAGCGUACAUACUACUCUAUCUCACACACAACUUGUGUAAACCAGUUGACACGGUGAAUGGUGAGGAAAGAAUUAGUCAUAAUUACCAGAAAGUGCUGGUUACCCUAUUGCUAGCACAACUGUAUGACUACCUAGGCGCAUACUCCACUGCAUUACAGGUUGUAAACGAGGGUUUUAGAAUAACAAAUACGUCACCCGAUCUACUAUGUUUGAGGGGUAAGAUUAAUAGGCAUUUGGGAGAUUUGAGGAGUAGUUGUGAGGACUACUGUGUGGCUGGUGACUUGGACAGGAGUGACCGUCAGACCAGCGCCAAGUGUGCCAAAGCGAUUCUCAGGACUAACGAAUUCUCAUUAGCGCAAAAGAAAUGGAAAUCAUUCCUCACCGAAGACGUUUGUCACAGGAAUGACAAGGACACACCACCCGAAAUUCCCUCGUUCAAAUUCCUACUCCUACAAGCCACACUACUAUACCAACUUCAUCAACAUUACAUAUUAGACACAAUUUUUAAGGGUAAUCAUAAGGAUUCAGAUGUACCCGUUACACCGGACAACAGAAUGACACAGUUUGACAGUGUUACAGCAGGUGACAGUGUGACAGAAACACCGUGUGACAGAUGGUUAAAAGAAUCGUUUGGAGUGUAUAAGAAUGUGUUGGAGAGGCAUAUGGAGAUUUAUGUGAAUCAGUUGGACUUUCACAAUUACUGUCUAAACCGCCUGUCGUACAGAGUUUACUACAACUUUCUAAAACUCCGAAACCAACACUGCAACCAAGGCUACUUCAUCAAAGCGCUCAAAGGGCUCAUCAGAACAGCUCUAGAACUCUUUCACUCCACUACUACUACUGGUGAUGAUGAUAAUAAUAAUUGUGUAGUGUAUUGUGUGAAUAAGAUGAGGAUGGUGUUGUGUCAGCGUGUGUUUGAUGCUGGGUUAUAUCAUUUAUUCUAUGAGUUGGCGGAGAUGAGGGGAAUGAGUGUGUUAUUCAAGUUACAGUGCAUAAUGCGGUGUUACUACAGCGCAAGGUGUGAUAAAUACAACCCCCACCUCACACAGUUAAUACACCACUUUCUCUCACACAACACCAAAUUCACACACUUUGAAGCCACCUUAGUGAAUAAAAUGCUAAGAAUUUGUAGUCCCAAUAACUUUACCCGUGCAAAUCACACUGUAGAGAUUACUGUAGAGAAUACUGUAGAGUGUAGUGUGGUGGAGGACUAUGUGAAUAAUGUGUUGGAGUAUGUGUUGAGUGAGAGGUAUGAGUAUAAGGGUGUGAUGGCGUUGGUGUUUAUGGGUUAUAACUAUAGGGAAAAAUCAUUUUUGGAGUUGCUUUUUCUCAACGCGAAUUCGCUCUACGAGGGGAUUAAUUUCAGGGACUUCCUCAAAGUUAAGAAAUUAUUAUCCAAAGCCAUUUACACCUGCAAUAACCUCAAUAACCAACUCUUCCUCAAACUACAACUCGAACAACUCAUCACACUCUUCCCAAACCAACUAUUGUAUCCCCAGAGUAAUUUGUAA